UUAGAGUUCAGUCAAUAGCGUUCUUUAAGUUUCAUAUUUCCUAGCUUUAACAGAUGAUAUUUUCAUUAAUUUUAAAGUUAUCGUCUGUCUUUUGUCAAUACUGUUGAUGUUAAAGCUGACUGAAUAAAGGAUGGGACGCUUACAUUGUAUUCAACAUAGCCGUACGACUUAUUGUAAUCUAUAGAUAUAUCAAUGUAUUCAAUUGUACUCGACAUCGAAUUUAUAAAAUGAAAAAUGAUCUGUUUGCAUACAUUAUUUUAUCUAAAACCAGUUUAAAAUCAUAUAAAAAGCUUAAGUAAAUAUCCCUGUGUAAAUAUACUUUCAAGUAUUCAAAAUAAUUUUUUAUGGUAAUAUUUCAUUUUAUUUUUUUAAUCAUUAAAUACGGAGUUUUCGGGAAAAUAGUGAAAAUAUUAAUACUAACAGAUGUUUUCAGAAAAAUAGUGAAAAUACUAAUACUAACAGAUGUUUUCAGGAAAAUAGUGAAAAUAUUAAACUAACAGAUGUCUGUAAGCUGUUCAUCUUAUUUGAAAAUGGCAAAACUUUGAAAAAUAUAAUUUAUUACCUCAUAAUACUUAAAACACACUAACAGAUAGAUACGUUAAGUCUUCAAGUGUCAACUACUGCGUGAAGUUUGACAAAACACACGCUUGAAAUUUGAGUACAUAUAUACCACAACUUUAGGGUAUUCUUUUUCAUAAUUUAUGAUUUCGUGUAGGCGACGCUGAGGUCUAGGACUUAGGGACGAUUUCAAACUUUUAGUGAAUGAAAAUGAGUCAGUACCCGUAAAACGGUACAAUCUUUAUCAAGCUGUUACAUAACGGAGUGAAUUAUAUCAUUUGGCGAAGAACAUGGCAAGAUUUUCAUCUGGUGGAUUAAAAGUGAUAAUUUUGAUUUUAUUCAUGAUAACCUUAACUGCAUUUUGGCGAAAUUCGGGAGACGAAUCUGUAUAUAAAAGCGGAGGAACACCUUAUAUUAAAUGGGAUUAUGUCGAAAACAAGGCUGGUCUUGUAACCAGAGGAGAUGUUCAAAUGAGACGUUAUGAUUUAAGAGUUAUUGUUAUAGUGUAUAACAGAGCUCAUUCUCUUCUUAGAUUGCUAAAUUCGCUGAAUGAUGCUGAAUAUGGUUCCGAUUCCGUUAAACUCGAAGUGUGGAUAGAUAGGUCGGAUACAGGAAUUGUUGACAUACCCACUUUGCAAGCGGCUAAAACUUUUACAUUUAAACAUGGUGAAUAUGAAGUAUUACCCCACCCACAGCAUGUAGGCAUUUAUGGACAAUGGUUUACAACAUGGAGACCCGAUGUCAACAGUUCAGAAAUUGCUGUAAUUCUUGAAGACGACUUAACAGUUUCAAAAUAUUUCUGGAGAUAUUUAAAAUUGGUGCAUCAAAAGUAUGAUAAAAACCCGGACAUUAAUGGUUACUCUUUGCAAGGUUAUACAAUAACGUUCAGUGAAAAACGUCAUCACACAAUCCUGACCGGACCAAAAGAAAAUUUUGUUUUCCUUUUUCCGGUCGUUGGAGCAUGGGGAUUUUCACCAAGCACAAAAAACUGGAAUAAUUUUUUAUUCUGGCUUAAAUCUCAAGAUAUUUCAACAUAUAAACCGUAUGUCCCCGACAAUAUUGCGACGGGCUGGUAUAAGGAACUGUCUAGCAAGGGGAGAGCAAAUACAAUGUGGGAGAUUUGGCAUAUAUUCUACGCUUGGAAAAAUAAUGAGUUCACACUUUAUUGUAAUUUUCCAGGUCAUGCUGGAUUAACAACUAAUUGGAGAGAAAAAGGCUUACAUACAGUAGAAACGGAAGGAUCUUCAAACGAAUUGAUAACAGAAUGGAAGAAAGAAUACGAAAACUUCCUGGACAACAUACCCUACUUGGACCUUGCAGGAAACGUCAUUCACCGAUAAAUGGAUUUAUCACAGAAUGGAAGAUAGAUUACGAAAUCCUACUCGACAACAUAGCCUUCUUAGACAUUGCAGGAAACGUCAUUCACCGAGAAAUGGAUUAAUCACAGAAUAGAAGAUAGAAAAAGAAAUCUUACUGGACAAGAUAUUCUACAUAGAUCAUGCAGGAAACGUUUUCAGUCGUUAAAUGGAGUGACAACAGAAUGCGAUACUCUUAAAAUAAACUCAUACAUUUUUACCAGAUAUCGAAUUUGUACACCGGGAAAUCUCAUUUGUAUAAAAGAAAAACAUGUUUAGAGAUUAGAUACCCUCUAUGCUUGGUUACAUAGGUUUUGACAAUAUUUUUGCAAGUGCCUUCUUUAGUAGAACAAGGUUGAUUGGUUGGAAAUAGGCCUCCUUCUAAACAAUCUAACAUUUAUUUUACUAUUAGAUACUAGCCACAUUGCUAUUUUUUUCAGAUUAGGCAUAAAAUAAAAUACAUACUGUAAGAUAAUAUCGGCGAAUACCCAAGUCAGUUGAUAUGCACUUUAUCGUGAAAUAUACGUAAACAAAACAGUCUAUGAGAGCUUUGUUUUGUAUUGAUGUAUGCUGAAAAUGAAGCGAUUUUAAAAAAUCACUAAACAGAUUAUAAUAAGAAUUAACCGCUUCAGGAAGUCGGGUGUAUUAAUCAGUAUUUCACUAAUGUAAUUUAUUUAUUUAUUUAUAUCAUAUUACAUCAAAAUGUUUUGUAAUCAUAUAACACUCUUCUUGAAAAUAAAACAACUUACAUUUGA